AUGGCCGGCCCAAACUUUACCACACUGCUGAAGAGUGUCAAGCAGCAAACCGAGCAUAUAGGCAAGCAUACUAUACAAGGAAUAGAGAUUCUAUCAAUGAGAAACUACGCCAGAAGUAUGCACAAUCAAACAAAAAGUCCGUGCAAGCUCUUACGCUCACCAAAGGAGACGUCAAAUAAAAACAAGGGUGCCAGUGACUCGGACAGGUUGGGUACUAUCUUAGAUGGGUUGGAGGACACUGAGGCGGAUGUACUACAGGAAUUCGGUGUAAAUGACAGGCUUCGAUCAGACAUAGCCAGUGUAUCAUCAACAUGA